AUGUCAUCCUCACCGGCCGCAGACGCCCUGAAGGGCUUCACCCCGAAACCUGCUCUGGACUAUGCGGCCAAGGUUGGCCUCCAGGCUGGAGGCUUUGGCCUCUUCAUUAGUGCCCUCCAAACCGCCUUUGGCAAGCACAACCACGGCGCUAUGGGUGUCGUGACACGAACUGGCGGAACCAUUGGAUUCUUCGCUGCAAUGGGAGCAACAUUCGCGUUCACAGAGGCCACCGUCCGAAAUUCAAGGGAGGAGGAUGAUGCGUGGAACGGUGCUGCUGGUGGCUGCGCCGCUGGUUUCCUUGCUGGACUGAGAGCCAAAUCACUACCCGCAAGUUUCGCGGGAUGUAUUGCACUGGGAGCUACUAUGGGUGUUUACGAUUACUCGGGACAACUCGCUGGCGUCCAAGAGUCGAGAGACGAAAAACGAGCGAGAUUCUUCAAGAAGCCACCAAAACCUAUUUUCGAGGCUGAACCAGCCAGCGAGUAGGCUGCAUCUAGAUGUUUAGACGCUUCAAUACAAUUCUCCGCUAUCUCUGCCCUUUGAAUGCCUGGCCGGUGCAAACGACAUCUCCCGUAUCCCCUCGUCUCCAUGUGCUGGAGAUAGCGAGCCACGACUAAACGCUAAACGCAUCCCGGCCACCCGCAAAGUUAUGUGUUACAAUGGUAUGAGGCUGCUGCCUUAAUUAC